AUGGAUGUCUCUAUUCUUGGCAGCACAGUCGCGCGCUACCUGCCGCUCGGCACAUGGCUCGGCCGGCCCCUGGACCUGCUGUACUCCAGGCUUGGUGGCCUGAACGGUUCGCUCUUCUUUCACAAGGGCUGGGGCGACCUAGGGUGCGUCAACCUGCGUGAUGAUUUGGAAGUCAUUUCAACCUGGCCACCACCUCAGCCGCUGGGGUUGGAGUGGAGGCUGCUGGAGCGCAGCAGCUGGCGGGGCAUCCCAUUCCGCCACUUUGAGGGCACGUUCAGAACACCUUGCGUUGAGCGUGUUUACAACGCGCUGCCGCCUGAGAGCCGCCAGGGCAGGGUGCAGCUGCUGAUCCCAGACGGCUACAGCGCAGGUGUGCUGCACCUUGCGGCCACAGGCGAUCAGGGCUGGGGCAGGCGCCUGCGGCUGGGCUGGCCCAUGAUGCAGCAGGGCGUGGCAACAAUGGUGCUGGAGUCACCUUUCUACGGGGCGAGGCGCCCUUGCGAACAGCGAGGCGCAAAGCUGCGGCAUGUUUCUGACCUGCUGACUCUAGGGUGGGCAACCAUCAUCGAGAGCCUGCACCUGCUGUACUGGCUGGGGGAAGAGGGCUGCAGUGCCAAAGGGCUCUACCCCCUGGACGAUCUUUCCGUCGUGCCGCUGCUGGCCCCCAGGUCUGCCGCGGUCGCAUACUGCGAUGGUGCCAUGCGGCCGCUGAUGGCAUGGGAGGCCCUGGAGGUCAAUGCGGAGCGCGUCGCCGCCAUCGUGCAGUCGGCGGCGCAGGCCGUGUCGCACUUGCGGGAGGCCUCAUAUGCACUGGAGGCGCUGGAGGACGUGCGAGCGGCGCAGCAGCGGUCGUUAGCCAGCAGCGGCGAGGAACACGCAGACAAGCAGCAGCAGCAGCAGCAGCAGCAGCAGCUGCUGCGCGAGGGGCAAGCCGAUGCUGCUCUGGGCGGGGCCGCAUCGGACCGCGUCAAAGCGGCGCUGGUGGAUCUGCUGCUGUCGCAGCGCCAAGGGCACCGAGAACAGCAGCGCGCAUUUGACCACCUGCGCAUGGUGCUGGAGACAUACACCGAUGUCAACCGGUACCCCAGGCCACGCAGGCCGGAUGCCGCCGUUAUUGUUGCAGCAGAAAGCGAUGCCUACGUGAGCACAGAGUCCGUGCGGCAGCUACACCACUACUGGGAGGGCUCCGAGCUGCGGCUUGUCAGCGGCGGCCAUGUGAGCGCCUACCUUCUGCACCAGAGCAGCUUCAGGCAGGCUGUGCUCGACUCGCUACAGCGGCUAGGAACCCCAGGCCACCCGCAGCGAUAA